CAGAAGAGCAAUAGACCAGCACAACUAUCAUACAUUUAUUUUUAAGUCACGUUUUUGAUUACCAACAUCAACUUUAUUUGUUUUGAUAGUGUGCACUACCUGACAGUAUUUGUCGGCGUUUCGUUUUGUUCCGGUUCUUGAUCUGGUCCUAAAUCAGCAGCUAUGGAUUUGGUGUGGCUGGUAUGUUUGGCAGUGAGCUUCGGAACCUGGUUAGCCUCUGCAGAGAGACACAGCGUCUUCUGGAAUAGCACAAACCCAAAUUUCCUAUGGGAUGAGUACACAGUGGAGGUGAAAAUCAACGACUACCUGGACAUUAUCUGUCCCCACUACACACGCGGGGAGCUGCCGUCCCAGGAGGCCGAGCGGUAUGUGCUGUACAUGGUGGAGAGGGAGGACUAUGAGGUGUGUAAGCCCCACUCCUUCGACCAGCUGCGUUGGGAAUGUUCCCGGCCCUUCGCUGCCCAUGCCCCCGAGAGGUUCUCCGAGAAGUUCCAACGCUUCACCCCCUUCACCCUGGGCAAGGAGUUCAGACAGGGAGAGAGCUACUACUAUAUCUCCAAGCCGCUGCAUCACCACGGCCAGGAGUGUCUGAGGCUGAAGGUGGACGUGGUUGGACUUCAUGGCUCUGGGAAGGCCAAAGCUGACAAAGGAAAGGAUGGAGCGAUGGAGAAAGCGAUAGAUGGAGGAAAGAUAGGAGGAGGAGGAGGAGGAGGAGGAGGAGGAGUACACAACCCCUCCAACAGGCUUCCAGCAGAUGACCCUGCUGUGUUGGAGCCUAAGGUCCAGAAGAGUGUGGGUAGUUCAGGUGUUCAGCUGGUCUCCCUGUCGGUCUUCUUCACCCUGUUCCCACUCCUACUAUCCCUGUUACUCCACUGAGACUGAGUUACAGACCUAGCUAAAACAGAGACACUGUCAACCCAAUGCUGGACAUUGGCACAGAGAAGAUUUUUAUAGAUUUUUAUAUAUGCAACUGGACUUAGCUGCGUGUGUGUGUGUACGUGUGAUUGGAACGUGGAUCGUUCCAGAGACAAGGAUCUUCAAGAGUAUUUUUGCAAUGAUUUUUUUCUACAUAUGUUUUUGUAAAUGAAAGAGGGUGGAUGGCUAUUCUCCCUUUUUUUUUUCUCAUGUUCCCUCCAUUUGAUCUGUUUGGACACUUUUGGACGCCCCACUAAAUCUGGAACCUAAAUCUACCUGGAAAGUGAUGUACUAAUCAUUAUUAGAAAACUGACAAAGGUAUAACUGUGUUCAUGAUUACCCUGAAUUGUAUUGUAACAGUGAUAUACAAUGAGUGUAAAAAACAUUAUGAACACCUUCCUAAUUUUGAGUUGCACCCCCUUUCGCCCAGAAAAUACUCAAUUUG